UUCCAAGUUAUGGCCAACCUAUUUAUACACAGAUACAGAUACACAAACACAACAAGUAACAAAUCACAAAAUUUCUAUUCAUCAAUCAAAUCAUUUCCAUUCCCCAAUUCAUUCCUUCAUCAAUCCAAUAUUUUCCCAAAUUCUCACCAUGGACGAACCCUCCACCCCCAAAACCCGAUUCACAGAAGAAUCACUCUUACAAGCCACCAACACCAACACCAACAUAAAAAACAAAGGCAAAUACAGUCGCAGCCUCUCCCACGUAAACGAUGAGCUCUACAGUUUCCGAUGCUACCUCCGCUGGAUGUGCGUCGAUCAAUCCAACGCCUUCACCGCCACUCUCUCCUGGUUCGUCUUCUUCAUCUUCGCGCUGGCCGUUCCCGCGGCCUCGCACUUCUUUAUCGCCUGUCCCGAUUGCGAUUCGAGACACUCCCGGCCGUACGACGCCGUCGUUCAGCUGUCGCUGAGUUCGGUUGCUUCGCUGUCGUUUUUGUGCCUUUCGUCGUUUGUUAGAAAGUAUGGGCUUCGGAGGUUCUUGUUUCUGGAUAAGCUUUGUGAUGAGAGCGAGACCGUUCGAAUGAACUACAUGGCACAACUCAAUAGAUCAUUGAAGCUCCUUUCGGUUUUUGCGGGUCCAUGCUUUAUAGCAAUGUCUGCAUACAAAAUCUGGUGGUACUCAUCAGGAGGAUCACAUAUUUCAUUCUUAGGAAAUGUGUAUGUCAGUGAUACAGUAGCUUGCAUAUUAGAACUCUGCUCAUGGUUGUACCGAACCACUGUCAUAUUCCUUGUUUGUGUUCUCUUCCGUUUGAUCUGUCAGCUUCAGAUCCUACGGCUACAAGACUUCGCCACGUACUUUCAUGUUGAUUCGGACGUGCAAUCAGUGAUGUCGGAACACCUGAGGAUUAGAAGGCAUUUGAGAAUCAUAAGUCAUAGAUACCGACGGUUUAUUCUAUUCGCACUUAUAUUGAUUACUGGAAGCCAGUUUGUGUGUUUGCUCGAGACUACUAAGGCUAAAUAUGGUCUUAGUAUCUACAAAACCGGUGAGCUUGUGCUGUGUUCAGUAACGCUACUUUCUGCACUGUCCAUAAUGUUCCGUAGUGCGACAAAGAUAACACACAAAGCACAAGCGAUCACAGGGUUAGCUGCCAAGUGGCAUGUUUGUGCGACGUUGGAUUCUUUUGAUGGAGCGGACGAAGGUGGAAGACUAUCGGCUCAGAUCUCUCACGAAAUAAUCUAUCCUAGGGUUGGAACGGAUGGGGAAUCGGAGGCUGAUGAUGCUGGUGAUGAAGAAGAUGAAAUUGAUAACACAAAGUGGAUUGCAUCAUAUUCUUACAGUACUAUUUCUUAUCAGAAAAGACAAGCUCUUGUAAAUUACUUUGAGAACAAUAAGGCAGGAAUUACUGUAUAUGGAUUCAUGUUGGAUAGGAGUACACUCCACACCAUAUUUGGUAUUCAGUUAUCACUAGUUCUUUGGCUGCUUGGAAAAACCAUAGGCAUUUCUUGAAGAAUCUCUAUUUGGUUUCAUUAUAGGUUAUGUAUCAUGGCACAAAAUAUAAAUAGAUGUUGUUUGUGAGCCACUUAUCUUAGAGUUGUUGAACUCAAUUACCGGCUGCUUACUUUGAGAAUGGAUGAGAGGAUAGCAAUAGGUCUCUUUCUCCUUUUUUUUCCUGUUGUUAAUAUUGUAAUCAACAUUAUGUUACAAUAAUGAAAUGGUAUUAUAGCAUUAAGAUAUUCA